CGGUUAUGCAGCCGUCUUGAAUUUUCUUUCAUCAGCAGGCGGAUUAGAAGAGCAGACGUGCAGAUGUUGGUACCUGUGAAAAUAAUUGUUCUCCUUCUCUCUUAGAAAAACUGCAGAUUUAAGUUUCACAUCUUAGACCCCGAGGUUACGUCCACCUUUUAACUACAGUCUGUGUGUGUCAGCGGUGCUGCUUCACAAAAUUCACAGCUUUGUGUCUUUGCUAAAGUGAAGUGAGUGGUUGUACUGCUUUUACCGGGAGGAGGUGAAGCUCGGCCGAGUGGCCAUGUCGCUGUCAGCUGACCUGACCUGCCUGCAGGGCAGCAGAGGCGCCGAGCGCGAGGCGGCACUGGCCACGCUGGAGAAACAGCUGAUCUGCCCCAUCUGCCUGGAGAUCUUCAACAAACCCGUCGUCAUCCUGCCGUGCGAGCACAACCUGUGCAGGAAGUGUGCCAACGAGCUCUACCAGCCGUCUCUGUUCCACGCUCGGACCACCAUGUUGGUGAACAGCGGCCGUUUCCGCUGUCCGUCCUGCAGACAAGAAGUGGUGCUGGACCGCCACGGCGUCUACGGCCUUCAGCGAAACCUGCUGGUGGAGAACAUCAUCGACAUCUACAAAGAGGAAAUCAACAGCACCAGGCCCCUCCCUCCGCCUUCACCUCCACCUCCUGCUCAUACAACAUGCUCCGACCAUGAGGGAGAAAAGGUGAACAUCUACUGCCUCACCUGUCAGGUUCCCACCUGCUCGCUCUGCAAAGUCUUCGGGGCCCAUCAGUCCUGUGAGGUGGCUCCUCUGAGCGCCAUCUACCAGCAGCAGAAGGACCAGCUGAGCGAAGGCGUCGCCUCUCUGAGGGCGUUCAGCGACAAAGUCCAGACUCUGAUCAGUGAGCUGGAGGAGACCUGCAGACACAUAGAGGAGAACUGCAGCACUCAGAAACAGAGCGUGUGCGAGAAGUUCAACCGCAUGUUCUCCAUCCUGGAGGAAAGACAGAAGGCGAUGACGCAGCGAAUCAUCUCUGAGCAGGAGGAGAAGACGGGCCACGGACGGGCGCUGGUGCGUUGCUAUGGUGAUAGCAUGGCAGUCAACAGCAGGCUGGCGGAGAGCGCUGCGAGCAGCAUGGAGGAGCCCAACAUGGCCGCCUUUGUUCAGGGUUCAGCAGAGAUGAUCACAAAGGUGAAGGCGGCGAGCGCCUCAGGUCCGUCUGAGACGCUGAGACCAGGUUACGAGCGCCUGAGUCUUUACAGGUUUAACUUCAGCGAGCAGGAGAGGGCGCUGAAGAGCAUCGACUUCAUCAAAGUGGUGGAGGAUGUUCCUGAAGAACCACAGCUGGAUCCAGAGCCAGGAGAACCCAAAGAACCUUUGAUCCAGAACACAGAACCAAACGGCAACCAGGAGGCCGCAGAGGAGGUUUCGCAGUGGGACACUCCUGAGCUGGACUCGGGUCACAUCACGGAGGAAGAGGAGGAAGCAGCGGCGGAUCCAGUUAAAGAGGGUGGCGAACGGCAGGAGGGAAUGAGCACACAGCAGGCUGUCACGCUGUUCUUCUACCUGCUCGCCCUCCUGGUUAUCCUGCAGAGGGCGUGGGCUUACGUCAGCUGCUUCAUUUGCACAUAAACGCCACACGGAGCUGCAUGAACAUCACUGCUGCACAGCUCAGGUGGAGACCCACGGCCCUCGCCUCGCUGCCUCCACCGCCUCCACCUCCGCCUCAUCUGCCCAGUUUUUCUCCUGGCUGAGCCCCGCCCACAACAAGAGUUAGGCGGGGAUGGGGGGGUCGUUA